CCUGUAUUCAUCUCCUCAUCACCUUAAUUUUCCCACGUCACAGACCGAACCCUUGUCAAGGGUUGCAGCAGAAGAAACAAUUAACCACCAGCCGCGAGAAGAGAAGAGGAAGCACAGCAGCGUUUCGUCAGGGCUGCUGUUCCCCCGCUUCCGUGCCCCAGAGCCUGAACGUCAGCCAACCUUUUCAUCCCUGCAGUCAGUCGGACAAGAGGUAUACGACUGCACUGCAUGUUGAGAACGCAACGUCGGGUAGAGUUAAUCCAUCACCGCCUGUCAUUACAGACUCCAUUAUGCAGCUGGAGAGGGAUUGUUGAAGGAGAGGGCACGACGGAAUGAGUCUGUACCGAAGAUGAGAGCCACCUCACCGGUCAUCAAGUCCACCGCACGGUAUCAACUCACCCUCCACCACCUGUAGACACAUUACAUGACAUGACAUUACAUUACAUACGCAUAUUUUAUACAUAAGAGUACGACACCGUGAUAACACCUUAUCACAUUAGAGAUACAUACAGCCGCGGUUCUGAGUAGACGGACGGAUGACCAACACUUGAUAUGUAGUCGCGCCCAAUCCUCGGUUCAAUAACACGUGGACGACCGAGCGCUUGUUCUCAGUUACAUCCACUGACUUCACCCGCAAGGCCCUGUCAUUGCUCUGUGCUGUGCUGUGCUCUGCUGCGCUGUGCUGUGCUCUACCCGCGAAGUGGUCCCAGCCCUGCCCAGCCGCCGCCCAGACAGAUGAUCAAGAGUCGCUCGCAAACACAGAGAGACAGACAGACGUCCGAGAACUCAUCAGCAGUCAAUCACCCCAUGCAUAAACCUCCUCCCACCUUUUUUGAUAGAUACUAAAUAAACAACUCGUCAUGCCCGGAUAAUUUCUUCUUUUUCCCUCGUCGACUCCUUGUUUGAUGCAAACACAUAACAUUUGCCGACUCGUCUGUCGUCAUUGAAUACAAUCUGAUACAGCCAAACAUCGAUAUCACUUGUUACGAGUCACACACCCGCCCUCACGAGGACAGCCAACCAGGACGUCUGAAACGACGAGCUAAAGCCAAAAAAGCAACCGGCAACCAGAGUUGGUUUGUUUUUUUCAACCACCCCAAACAUCAACAAGAAAACAAGAGUCAGAGGGUCAACCACCAGAGAGAGUCAGUCCCCGCCCCAGAGCUAGAGAGGAGGUAGUCCAGUCUCUGCCGGACACAGCCCACUUGGAGCAGGAAAAAAAAUCCACCGUCGGGAACCGUCUCCUCGUUGACUCCUACCCAACGGUACCCCACCAUUUUUUGGACGCAAGAGAAGAGAAAAAAGUUGUGAGAGGAGAACUAGAGGGAGACAGAGAGAGACAGUGGAGGCCAAGAGAGUCUGUUCAGGCUUGGGCUUGAUCAAGACCCGCCUUGCUUUGGCUUUCUACACCCUUGUCUUGUUCGUUCACCUGCCCGCCCACUUUCACCCAUCCACAUCCAUACCCUCCCUCCUUCACCCCGGUCUCAGUUCUCAGUGGGAACCUAAGGAAAAAAAAAAGACAAGAGAGAAACACCCCCGGUCCCCGGAUCCGCCGCCACUUGGCCCGACAGAACAGACUCCCACUACCUUAGCUCCCAAAAAGACUACACCAGGCUAACCCAACUUGGCUGCUGUGUCACUGCCUCUAUCAACAUCCACCUCCCGAGGCAUCCCUCCAACUUUCUUGUUUUCCUUCUUGUUCUUCUGUUUUUCUUUCCCCUCCCAACACCAAAACAAAAAACAACAACAACAUCGAUAGACAGGAAACGCAGUCGUUCGUCUUUAACGACAACUUCGCAAUCAUUACGGCCUCGACCGUCCAGGCCGACAUCAUGUCGCCAAGGCUCAAGCCGCUGCUUCUCCCGCAGUUGUUAGAGGAGCGCCGUAAGUGGGAGGUACAACAAGUUAGCCCCGAGACCGACCUCUCCUACAUCUACUACACAACAAACUCGUCCUCCUCCGACAUCACCUCUCCAAUCACCCCGACUUUCUCCCCUGGAAAGGGUCACUUUCGAAUGUCGAGCUCGACUUCUUCUCUCGAUCUGCCACCGCAAUUGAACGACACUCCUGUAUCGCCCACUCAAUCGGUCCACACAAAACCCCCAAUGCGGUCAUUGCCCGACGUUCAAGAAGAGCCUCUAGAACCCGAACACAGCACCACAGACAACACAGAGAGCACCAACCGUUAUAGUCUUGCCCCUUCGGACCAGUUUAGUCUCUACGACUGUUUGUGUAUGUCUUGUCCGCCUGGCCAGGCUGUCGUAUCUUCCGGGAAUUCGUGCUUGGCCUGCCGUCUUCGUCUUGAUGAUUGUCGAGUUACUAACCCAUACCUUUCCCGUGUAGGCGACAACCUGUGUGAGCCCCGAAAUAGUUCCGAAGAUGUCAUGUUCCAUGGAGACAUCGUCCGCGACUAUGAUAUCGACUACGACAUGGGUUUCUUGAGUGACGGUGACACCCCCGUGGACGAGCGAUCCCGCAAGAAGCGAUCCGGCAGCGAGUCACCCUUUGCUGGGCUAACCUCACGAAUUGGUGCCCGUUUCCCUAGUCUCACGCGCUGGAACCCGAACACCCGCAGGGGCAACCCAAUGCUCUCACCUAGUACCGAACUCAGCUUGGAGAGCGUUGUGCUAUCUGGAGGUCCUUCUAGUCGAUCGUCGUCCAUGUCUGCACCCAGCCGGCCUGGACAGGAGCGCGUGUUGGAAAAUACUGGACUUCCCACUCCGGCAGUAUCCUAUUAUGGCAGCACCGAGAGCAUCAACCUUCCUGCGCCCAUCGACAUUGAGAAGGCGCAGGCCCUUGUUGAGCAAGCCGACCUUGAGCGAGAACGAGGACUGGCUACCACACCUUUACUACCUCCUCUGAUGACCAGCCCAUUGAGCGGCCCACCGCCUGAGUCACCUCUACAGUCGCCAACCAUUGCACCACCAUCUGCGACUACCGAAGUACCAUCACCGGUCCCUUCUGCAACACAGUUCCCUAGACCUUCUCUGAGCACAAAGCCUUCAGUGUCGUCCUUCCGAUUUGGUUCCAACAGUCCUGAGGUUCCAAUCCCUCUCCCUUCGAUCCUGCAGGAGCACGAUGAGUGGUCAGAUCGCCUUGGUCACGCCAACUUCACCAUCACACCGCAGCCUUAUCAACCCGAGACUGUGAACAUGGAGGCCCUUCAGCAGUUGCGCAACGACUGGGACGCAGCACGAUGUAACUACACCAAGCACUUGGUGCGCACUGGCGAGAACUACGGCGAAACCAGCAAGAUCUACGCUCUUACUGAGGCCAAAUGGGCCGACAUUGAGAGGCGGUGGAGGUCAAUCCAUGACGGACUCAUGUCGGAGAUUGUGCAAGCUACCAGUUCUGCUCCUGGUUCGACAAGCGCCUCACGAAGCCGCAGCCGUGGCCGCGGACGAUCACGAGCCAAUAGCGGCGGUUCUAUCCUUGGUCGACCACCUCCUAUGGACGAUCUCUUUGCUGAUAUGCAAUGGAAGCGCCUUGAGGAUGGACUGCCCAGCGCGAUUCCCCGACUGGUGGAUGCGGAUGGCAAGUUCCCCUCCCGGGGCGACGAAGACAUUGUAGGACCCAUGCAACGAGACGAGGUGAUGCUACGGACGCACAGCGAAGAGCGCAAGGGAGCACGAUUCUGGAAGAACCUCGCAGGCAAAGUCGGCCUGCGAAAAUAAUGGUCCCCUCCAGCAAACACGAACUGGACUACGGGAUCAACGACCAAUUUAAUGACUGCCACGACGAUGACGACUAGAGUAAACUAGAAGUCGUUGGAUGAUAAAGCCAGCUAUCAUGGGGUUGCUGGCGUUUCUACUUCUUUCAUGUCCUAUUUUGCACUAUUUAUUACAGAGAUACCCCGACUCAUGUCAUUCCUUUUUUCAUUUUUUGGGACAUCGAUCCCGAUAUAGCCACGACGGCACAACAUACGGCCUUGGCCUUCUCCGUGGGGGAGGAGGCUUGCACAUUAUUGUUUAUUGUUUAGAAGUGUACAUAAUGGGAAGUGCGGGGCGUUGAACAGAGGGAAAUCUGGAUAUUCGAAAAGCAAAGCGAAUCGAGAAGAACGAAAAAGUUUAGACGGGACCUGGAUUUGGACCUGGGGUACAAAAACAAAGAACAGUGAGCAGAGCAGAACAGGACAGGGCGAUGUACCGCAGCUCUAGCUUGCAGGAGUUGGAUUUGCCUUUUUUUUACUUUUUCCAUUUUUGCCUUCCCCGCCAUGAAACUGGAGUGCACGACAUUGGCAACCUGACACAAGGAUGCAAUGCACAAACACAAGACAGCACAGCGCACACUACAACCAUUUAUCCCCGGACAUUGCAGACGCAAGCAAGCAAGUAAUGGGUUGAUUUGAUGGAUUUGAAAUCAAGGGAGAACAUGUCACAAGAGGGGAUGAGUGUGUACAAUCGUGUGUAUGUAUGUAUCAUGGAGGCAUUGCAUUACUUAUUUGGCGUAUCUGGUUUGGAAACUGGCGGAGGGUGAGGGGACGAUAUUAAUGGCUGUCAAAACUUGGACAGCUCUCCGGCCUUGGUAUGAAAACCUUGGUGACGAGGAGAUGAGAGUGAAGCAAAGCAAAAAAGAAUAAUAAAAAAGAA